AUGAAGACCCAGUAUGAAACGCAUUUAAUAGAAAAGGAUUUAGCACGUGCAGAAAAGAAUUCUUAUAAGGAGAGAUAUAGAAGUAGAAGCUGUUCACCAAGGAGGGAUGAUCGUGCAGAAACGGAUCAGAGUAAUCUCGCUCGAGUAUUAAAGAAAAUAAACCGACGCUUAGACGAUUUAGAAAGACGAAAUAAAGGAUAUCGGAGGUCGCCGUCUAGUUCUGAAUCCGGGGAAACAUCCGAGGCGUGGUCAGAAUGCAGUGCCCAUCAUUUGGCCUCACCACCUGCCUCACAAAGAGAACCUAGUGUUGUUAGAGAGGUAUCAGCCCCCCUCGAAAAAGAUAUUCUAAAUAUUCUGGGUGAGGAUGAUAACACAGAAAAAUCAUUUUCUGAUCCUAUUCAGCCAGAGCUGGCUUCACGUUGGAUAAAAAUUCUACACUCUGGGCUAUCAGAGGAAGCUAAAAAGGAAUUAGUUAAAAAGUAUUUGCCUCCAGAAAACUGCUCUGAAUUGAAUCCCCCAAAAAUGAAUAUAGAAGUCAUAAAAGCAGUUCCAGAAAAUACCAUUAGACGUGAUACACGUUUAUCCAAUCUUCAGGGACAAGUGGGAGCUGCAACUUCGGCCGUCGCUUGGCUGAUUACAGAUAUGCUUAAACAAGGGGAGGGGGUAAACAUCAAAUAUGUAGAGUGCCUUAAUGACAUUGGUCGCUUACUUAGUGACGUUCAUUACUCAGAAUCAGUUUCUCGAAGGGAAUUAUUAGCCCUAAAUAUAAAUAAGGAUCUAAAGGACACCUUAACCUAG